CUAGCAUGGAGCUACAAUUGAUGAUCUUUUGGAUCACGACCGCAAUCACUCUCCUCUAUGUGUUGAGUUUCGUGAGAGCAAAAAUUUCGGGCGAUGGUUGCCGUCUACCGCCCGGCCCGAGGCUGCUUCCGAUCGUCGGAAACAUGCUGAUGGUCGGCAAGCUGCCCCACCGCACCUACGCUCGCCUCGCGAAGGCCUACGGCCAUAUCUUCACCAUCAAGUUCGGCCAAGCAUUAGCGGACGUGGUGGUUUCCUCCCCGGAGAUAGCCCGAGAGGUCCUUCAGAAGCAGGACCCGCUCUGCUGCGACCGGUGGGUGCCGGAUGCCGCCAAGGCCCACGGCCACAAUGUGUCCUCCAUGAGUUGGCUCCCCGUGGACCAGCAGUGGCUGAACCUCCGAAAGCUCGUUAACACCGAGCUCGUCUCCUCGCAGAGGCUGGGCGAUCUCCAAGCCCUCCGGCACAAGAAGGCCCGCGAACUUGCCGCCUACUUACGAGAAAAAUCCUUAGAGGGAGAGCCCGUGAAUAUCGGGGGAGCUGUGUACUCAACGACGUUGAACACUAUCUCAAACCUGCUGUUCUCGCUCGACGUGGUUCACCCUUCCUCGGAAGCCCCGGGGAACUUCAAGGAGAUUAUGUGGGGGGUGAUGUACGAGCUCUCGAAUGCCAACAUCUCCGACUUCUUCCCGCUUCUCGCUGCCUUGGACCUUCAAGGCAGGCGCCGCCGUCUGGCUGUUCACUUCCGCAGGCUGCACGAAGUGUUAGACAAAAUCGUCGAUCAAAGGAUUCAAGAAAACGCAGCAGAAGGAACGUAUAAGGACUUCCUGGAGGCGAUCAUCCACGGGCAUAGUGACGGAAAAGGACUAAGUCUCGACAGACAUACAGUAGACACACUGCUUGGGGAUUUGUUCAUCGGCGCGGCCGACACGACCACGACCACCAUUGAAUGGGCCAUGGCAGAGGUGCUCCGCAACCCGCGCGUGCUGGUGAAGCUGCGCGAGGAGGUGAAAGAAGCCUUCAAGGAGGGGGAGGUGAACGAGUCCGUCGCCGUGAAGCUUCCCUACCUCCAAGCCGUCGUAAAGGAGACGCUCAGGCUGCACACGCCGGUGCCUUUCUUGCUGCCGCACAAGACCGUGACGACCGUCGAGCUAUGCGGGUACACCAUACCGAAAGGCACCCGCGUUCUCGUGAACUUCUGGGCGAUCGGACGAGACAGAGAAUGCUGGCGUGAUCCUGACGAGUUCAUUCCGGAGAGAUUCUUGGAAAGAGAAGUAGAUUACGUAGGGCAAAACUUUGAGUUCAUCCCCUUCAGCUCCGGCCGGAGGAGGUGCCCGGGAUAUCCGUUGGCCUACCGUAUGCUUCAUCUAAUGCUCGCGGCUUUGAUGCACUUCGACUGGAAGCUACCGGACGGGAUGGAGCCCAAGGAUGUGGACAUGAGUGAGAAGUUUGGAGUCACACUAGCAAUGGCUGUGCCGCUUGGUGCAAUCCCGGUUGAAUAACACAAAUAGAAAUAUCGGAAGAAAAAAAAAAAUGUUUGGUAUUAGGGAAAUUAACUACGACGCAAGUAACCCUUUAUGAUAUAACAAUAAGGUUUCUCCUCCGAGAGAGACCGAUAUAAUAUAUUACUAAUUAAUAACGCUCGAUCUAGAUCGCGCUGCCUGUAUUUUAUGAAUAAGAAUGCGAAAUAAAAGCUAGAUAAGUUGGCGAA